UAAAGAUGAACUAGAGCACGGCGACAUGGCCUGCUUGCGUAUCCAAACGCUCAUGGCGUUGCCUCUGAUGUGCUCCAUCCGAGUCGGCCUUUGUUGGGAAUCGACCGCCACUUGCAGACCUUUUUGCAUCGGGAGCGACUGCUUGGUCGUCAGCCGAGACCGGGUGGAUUUCACGACGGCCGAGCAGAGAUGCCGAGCCGGGAAAGGAGAGCUAAUGGCGUUUCAAUCAGCGGGAGAUGAGAGAUUACUCGAUGUUGUGAGGCAAGAACUGGGCGGAAGCUUCUGGAUUGGACUGUACUUACCGACCGACGCCUGCAGCAGCCUCUCGGCUCCCAUGAGAGGCUACGAGUGGACCUCUGGUGGCAGACACAGCCACUUCCUCCCAUCUCUCGUCACCUGGAAAGACUCUGUCAGGGUCUGUUCGCCGCGCUGCGUGUCGCUUUCGGACGACCAGAAGCUCACGGAAAGGCCGUGCUCGGAGAGAAUCGACGGCUUCCUGUGCAGAACCCACCACAAAGACGCAUGCCAGGCGCAAGAACUGUCCGAUGGGGAUUUUUUCCGGAGCUCCAAGGGCUGCUCGGAUGGCCCGUGUGAGCAAAACUGCACCGACGUCACCGGCGGCUUCAAAUGCUCCUGCUUCAGAGGAUUUGCCCCCGACCGCACGGACCCCAGGAGGUGUAAGAUCCACUGUGCCCGGGAGAGAUGCCCCGCCGUCUGCGAGAGAAACUCCAACACUGCUUGCUUCUGCCCCGACGGCUUCAUCUUAAACGGCAAAAUCUGCGAGGACAUCAACGAAUGCCUGAUGGACGCAUGUGAACAAGAGUGUAAAAACACAUUUGGAGGUUUUUACUGCGCCUGUAAGGACGGCUACGUGCUCAAAGACCUGGUGGACUGCGUCGAAGCAACGGAGAGGCAUUUUGUCCUCACCACUCCGUCCGUCAAAGGCUACGCUAAACCCGACAACCACACCAAAGGUUCCUCCGCGCCGACGGGCACUUUUAUCUGGCUGUGGAUCUUUGCCGCUUUGUGCGUGGUGGUGUUUACAUGCGUGGUGAGGGUUUGUGUUGUUAGGCGCCAGAAGCGCAGAGAGCAAAGUUCCAACCAAAUGUCAGGUACUGCAGUGGGAAAUUCUUAGUGCUGAAAAUACCAACACUGGUUCCAGCUUGUGCCUUGACUCACUCAAUUGGUUGGAUUUGAUGUUAUUAUUAACAAGUAAUCCAGCAUUAUAUGCAUUUUCUAGUGGAUGGAAGUUUUCACCCUAACUCAAUUAAAUACCAGGAUUGUAACCUUUGGAAACUGUUGCGUUUGGACCAGUUGUUCCUCCCAGGGAAUUCAAGUCGCAGUUCGCUCCCAAGCUCUUUACGACACUUAAAGCUGAGUAGAAGAACCACCAGAGACAGAAUAGGUAUUUUGUAAUAUAUUUGCAAAGCUUUGUAAAUAUUGUUGCGUUUUGGACCAGUUGUUCCUCCCAGGGAAUUCAAGUCACAAUUCGCUCCCGAGCUCUUUACGACACUUAAAGCUGAGUUGAAAAACCACCAGAGACAGAAUAGGUAUUUUGUUGUAUAUUUUCAAAGCUUUGCAAAUAUACUUUUUGAGACCAGUCUAACCACAGAACAUUCUAUCGCGCCACCCAAAAUGGUCCGUCUUCCCGAUCCCACCACCCUCUCUCUCGUUCCCUCUCUGUAGACAAAACAAAUGCUAGUCAAAACACAUUCCAAAGAACUCAAGGUUAACACACACAGUUUACUUGCAGACAGAGCAGCAAGGGAAGAAAUGGAAAACACGAGCUGUUUUCAAAUAUGACUAUGAAAUAAAAGAAGUACAACUUAAAUUCGGAUAUAUGUAAAUAUCUGCCUCCGACAAUAUACUGAGACCAGUCCAGCAUAGAACAUUCAAUCGCGCCGCUAAGAUGGUCUGCCCCCCUUCCAAUGAAAAACCCUCUCCUCUAUCAAGUCUCUCUCCCUCCCACCCUCGCAGUCUUGUCCCUCCAGCCCAAACACAAAACCCAUUGUCCUCCGCACCUGGACAUAAGGAUAGAUAAGAGGAAGGAGUAUCUCUCUUUCUUACCUUCCACACUCAAGGUUUAGCACACAGUAUUUGCAGACAACCAAAAGACCACAAUUGGAAGAAAAACACUAGCUGUUUUGUAAUAUGAUUAUGAAAUAAAAGAAGUAACACUUAAAUUCGGAUAUAUGUAAAUAUCCGAGCUACGGGAGCUAUUGCACACGAGCCAGCUGCUAUAAGAUAACUACAAGUCCCACAUGUCAACGUUCAUGCCGGCUUAGCUUAUUAGCCAGAGGAAAUCGAAAUACCGUAUUUUUCGGACUAUAAGUCGCAGUUUUUUUCGUAGUUUGACCUGGGGUGCGACUUAUACU